UCCGUACACUAUGUAGAGUGAGCCGGGCCUUGGUUGCAUUUUUUUGGGAAAAGCACGACACUGCACGACUCGACCCGGCAUGACAAAACACGCUUAAUUUAGUAAAAUUAGGCUUAGAUACGACGGCCUGUGGGCCUCCUGCUUUGAAUGUGUUUGGCCCAGCCCAAUAUGAUGUACAAUGGGGCUAGCGUGGGCUCAGCCCGAUUCCGGGCCCGGCCCAGCCCAAAUUUAGUCGUUGAGAUGUUGUCCAACCUGCCUGUAACUGCAACUGAAAUGAUCUCAGUUUUAAAAUCUUGAAAGAUAAAUUUAUAAUUGCCAAAUACUAGAAACACCAAAACUGUGAACUUUUCAGUUGUUGAACCAGCAUUGUUGCAUGUCUCAAGCUAUAUAACUCGAUUCGUUUUUUCAGUAAAAGAUCUAGUAUCCCAUUUUUAAGCACUCUUUCCUGCAUAAGAAACCUAUGGCGUCAUACACCGCCCUUUCACUCCUUGUAAUGGCGUUGAUAUCUUCUGCCACGGCUAAAGACGCGCCAUUAUCAAACCAGACACUCAGCACAGCUAUAGACGAAAUGCAAAGGGCUAACUACUUUGCAUUUGUCAUGCUGUUAAACAUGGUUUCCAUUGAUAAAAUCCCAAACAACAUUACCUUCUUAAUGCCUAACAACCGGUUAUUAGCGAAAGCCGUGAUACCCGAGAACGACAUACUCGACUUCCUACUCAGGCACUCGAUCCCGACCCCGUUGAGAUUCGACUACUUAAAACGGUUCCCAACGGGAUCGAUGCUACCAUCUUCAGAGCCCAAUUUCAUGCUUAAGAUCUUGAACAAUGGAAGAAAGAGCUUCUUUCUUAACAAUGUUAAGAUUGUUAGCCCUGAUAUCUGUGUUGCUGGGUCCUCAAUUAGUUGUCAUGGGAUUGAUGGGGUGUUGCAGGAUAUUAACAUAACACCCCCACAGCCUACUUCUUCUCCUCCUCCACCACCGUCGCCAAUGGCUCCGUCACCGUCACUGUCACCGCCAACAGGUGGUGGUAGUGGUUUUGAUAUGGCUCCUGCUGCAACCCCUCAACCCUCGGGUUCAAUUCCCGCCCCACAUAAAUCUGGAUCUUCUCAUUUGGACUCCGGCCGGCGUUUAAUCGGGCAUUUAUCGAGUUGGGUUAUACUGUCAAUAAUGUGGUUUUAUUUAUAAACUAUUUUGGGGGUGAAACUUUUGGUAUUGUAGGAUUAUUGCAUCUGAAUAUCUGAUGAUUCACUUUGUUAAGUGGUUCUUUAUUUUCUGUCAAUUGCAGUAUAUUUAGCAGGAUAAUCAAAAUGAUGUAUACCAGUUUGUCAUAUCUUCAAUCCUUAAUAAUUGUAGGUUCAAUUAUGCAUAAAUCCGACACUUGCGAUUCUAAAUUA